AUUCAAUCAAUCUACUCUCUCUCUCUUCCAUAAUAUUCUUUCUUUCUUUCUUUCUUACUCUUACUAACAGAAUUCAAUUCCUAACUAAAAUGGGUCUUGAGAUACAACAACAACGUGUUCAGCUUUCAAAUAUUGCAAUUUCUGAUACUCAUGGUGAAAACUCACCUUACUUUGCUGGAUGGAAAGCCUAUGAUGAAAACCCUUAUCAUGACUUAACCAACUCUUCUGGCGUUAUACAAAUGGGAUUAGCAGAGAAUCAAGUUUCGUUUGAUUUGGUAGAAAAAUACUUGAAAGAUCACCCUGAGGAUUAUAAAGGUUUUAGAGAGAAUGCAUUAUUUCAAGACUAUCAUGGUCUUAUAUCCUUUAGAACUGCAAUGGCAGCCUUCAUGGAACAAAUAAGAGGCAGUAGAGCCAUAUUUGAUCCACAAAGAAUUGUCAUUACUGCUGGUGCAACGGCUGCCAAUGAGCUCUUAACCUUCAUUCUUGCUAAUCCUGGAGAUGCUUUGCUUGUUCCUACUCCUUACUAUCCUGGGUUUGAUAGAGAUUUAAGGUGGAGAACUGGUGUAAACAUAGUACCAAUUCAUUGCAACAGUUCUAACAAUUUCCAAAUUACACCACAAGCUUUACAAGCUGCUUACGAAGAAGCUCAAUCAAUGAACAUGAAAGUGAGUGGAGUACUCAUAACAAACCCUUCAAACCCUUUAGGUAUAACAAUUCAACGUUCAGUUCUAGAAGAGAUUCUUGACUUUGUGACAGAAAAAAACAUCCACCUCAUCUCCGACGAAAUCUACUCAGGCUCAGUCUUUUCUUCCAAUGAGUUCGUAAGCGUAGCUGAAAUUCUCGAAGCUCGUAGUUACAAAGGUGCCGAAAGAGUUCACAUUGUUUACAGUCUUUCAAAAGACCUCGGUCUACCUGGUUUCAGAGUUGGAACAGUUUACUCAUACAAUGAUAAGGUUGUGACAACAGCAAGAAGAAUGUCGAGUUUUACUUUAAUAUCCUCACAAACACAACAGUUUUUGGCUAAUAUGUUAUCAGACAAGGAGUUUACAGAAAAGUACAUUAAUAUUAAUAGAGAGAGAUUGAAGAAGAGAUAUGAAAUGAUAGUAGAAGGUUUGAGAAGUGUUGGAAUAGAGUGUUUGAAAGGGAAUGCAGGAUUGUUUUGUUGGAUGAAUAUGAGUCCACUUUUGAAGGAGACAAGUAAGGAAGGUGAAUUAGAACUUUGGAAUGAGAUAUUGAAAGAAGUGAGAUUGAAUAUAUCACCAGGGUGUUCUUGUCAUUGUUCAGAAGCAGGUUGGUUCAGAGUGUGUUUUGCAAAUAUGAGUGAACAAACUCUGGAAAUUGCAUUGGACAGAAUACGUAAAUUCAUGGCUAAAAGAAUAAGGACAAAGAAAGAAUAAUGGCAUGCUAUAUUUGACAAUUAUUUCAUUAGUUUUCAUAUAUUAUUUGUAUUUUUUAAAAUGGUUAAUUGAUGAUCAUUUUGAUAAAUUCUU